AUGCGCAUCUACAGGGCACCAUUCUUGCACUUUGGUGUGCCAUUGUUCACUAUAGAGCUCACAAUAUACGCUGACCAGAUACUCCCCCCCCCCCCUUAUGCCCAAGUACCUCAGCUCAGGCGGCGCCGAUGCACUUUUAGCACUUACCAUCAAGAGUUUAAGCCGCUUGCUGCCAAUUCGUCCGCCGUCAUCCUGCGCAGACACAGACCAACCAUUCAAUAUAACAACCUCUCCUUGCGACCAGGACCACACCCAGGUGAAUCGUCGGCCCAUCGACAUCUUGGCCUCAGCGACGCCUUUUCAUCGUUUCUUGACCGGAACUAUGAUCGCAUUGCAUCGGGCCAUACGAUUCACGGGUUCAUGACCAACAACUGCACUGCGCGCGGCAUUUACACGCCUCUGAACUGCACGCCUCCAUCGGACGACUCCAGUCCCGGCGACAGUCUUACGCAUCGCGAUAUUACCUAA